AUGAUGCCGUUCAGCGCUUGCAUCGUGAAUGAGUUUUGUUUGAAGAAUUUAGUUUGAAUGUAUCGGUUGUUGUAGCAAUAAUGUCUUCAGUUCUUCAUCUGAGAGAGUUUAUAGAGGGGAGAUUAACUGCUGCCGCAGAACAAAUCUUCUCAGAGUUUGAAAAAACGAUCGUCCGGUAUGAGGAGGAGAUCAGUCGGCUAAGACUGCUGGAUAUCAGACCCGGGAUAAAGUCACACAGUACAGGUCUGGAUGAGCAGCAGGUCUGUGACCAGGAGGGGAGCUCCAGUCUCAACCAGCAGGACCCAGAGCCUCCACAGACUAAAGAGGAACAGGAGGAAACCUGCAGCAGUGAGGAAGGAGAGCAGUUUGAACUGAAGCAGGAGGCUGAAGGCAUUCAUGUCUGGUCAAGGGAAGAGCUGACCACAACAGAUGAAGUUCUGGAUAACCAGCAGGUCUGUGACCAGAAGAGGAGCUCCAGUCUGGACCAGCAGGACCCAGAGUCUCCACAGACUAAAGAUGAACAAGAGGAAAUCUCCCUCAAUCAGGAAAGUGACCAGCUUUCACUGAAGCCAAAAACCAAAGAUGUCAUCGUCUGGACUGGGCAGGAGCUGGACAUCAUGUGGAACCCUGAAGUAAAGUUGCAAAGAAUAGACGGACUCAUCCCCGUCCAAGAUGAGUCCAAUAACGGUGGUGUCAUCUGCAAACUUAAUCAGCUUGACAAACUGGUGGCUGGAGAAGUGGAUAUAGGAGGUGACAGUGUCGUAAACUCAUCCCAGCCUUUAGAAGUAGCCCUCAAUGUGUCCCAGUCUGUAGAUUCCAAGCCGUGCGUCUCUCCUCCACAGCCUCGUUACUCCAGUUUUUUUAGUCCUCACAACAGGUUUGGAGAGCUUCAGCCUCUGUACGCGUGCAUCAGAAUGAUCAUGAAAGUCAGAAAGUCCGAGUGCAGCACACGGCACAGGGUGAUAGGCUUCGCUAAUCGUGCUGUAACUGUGAUCUAA